AUGGUCAUCAGAGGUGACACCAUUGCAGCUAUGUGUAUGCCCCUACCUGGUCAGUAUAUGAGUUUAGAGAUUGAAAACAUUGCCAUUGAGAAAGGAGUUUUAUUAGCCAAAGAGAUGGGGCUGCAACAGAUCAUGAUAGAGACUGAUGCACUCACUGUGGUUCAAAGUUUGGCAGCAGGAAUGAAUAUGAAGUCUUCUAGUACUAUUUUCAAAGAGAAAAAUCAGUUGGGCAAAGUGGAGAGCUGCAUCAACAUGGGAAGACCCGUACAUUUCAUGUUAUCUUCUUUGUUCAUAGCCACCAUUUUCAGCAUCUUCCUCCUAUAUUCUCCAAAACCUUUAAUUGUCAUCUCCAAAAACGGCCUUGAUCCUGUCCUUAAACAACAACAAGCAUCAUCACCCACGCAAGGCCAUGAUUCUGUCCAAAAACAACUUGAUCAAGACAAACCCCAUAAGAAAAAAGAGAAUUGUGACUUGUCUAAAGGUCAUUGGAUUCGAGAACCAAGAGGGUCUUACUUCUAUACCAAUUCAAGUUGUGCAACAAUCCCUAAUUCAAAGAAUUGUUUCAAGCAUGGGAGGAUGGACAAGGAUUUUCUCAAUUGGAGAUGGAAACCUGACCAAUGUGAACUGCCACGGUUUGAUGCCAAGUCAUUUCUGCAAAUUGUGCAAGGAAAGACAAUGGCAUUUAUUGGUGACUCUGUUGCUAGGAACCAUGUGGAAUCCCUUCUAUGCCUAUUGCCACAGGAGGAAAUUCCAGAAGACAUUAACAAGGAUUCAGAUGACAGAUUCCGGACAUGGUACUUUCCUCGUAGUGACUUCACCCUUAAGGUGCUUUGGACUAAAUUCCUCAUAGCAGGUGAGGAAAGAAUGAUCAAUGGUACAGCUUCCGGUAUUUAUGACUUGCAACUUGACAAGGUUGAUGAUGGAUGGGCUAAACACCUUCUAGGUGUGGACUAUGCUAUUGUUUCAUCCGGGCAUUGGUUCUUCCGAAUAUUGUACCUACACGAAGGUGACAAUGUAGUAGAAUGUGUUUAUUGCAAUGAACCAAAUGUUACUGGUCACCACGUUGAGUUUGCUGUUCAAAUGUCGUUUCGAGCUACGUUUAACUACAUCAAUGACUGCAAGAAUUGCAGUGGCCUAGUAACUUUGUUAAGGACAUUUACACCAGCCCACUAUGAGCAUGGGGCAUGGAAUACCGGAGGCUACUGCAACAGAACAGGACCUUUCAAUGAGACUCAUGAGAUAGACAUUGCGAGUUCCGAAUGGAAAGUGAGGAAUGCUCAGAUAGAAGAGGUUGAAAGAGCAGGAAAAGUAGGGAAAAACCAAGGGAAGAGAUUUGGCGUUUUAGAUGUUACAAGGGCCAUGCUGAUGAGACCUGAUGGGCACCCUGGAGAGCAUUAUAACGAAACAUGGCUAGGAGGUGCCAAGGAUUGUGUUCAUUGGUGCAUGCCAGGCCCAGUUGAUACAUGGAGUGAAAUUUUUAUGGCAGUUCUUAGAGACCAAGCAGGGUUGAGUUCUUGUUAA